AUGCCUAACAAAUAUACUCCACCUACAGUUGAUACUGUUACUUUGUCAUCCUCGGUGUUGUUGUCUUUACUUAGGCAUACAUCAGAACAUUACCCAUCCAUCUUUUCGGGUGCAUUGUUGGGGUUUGAAGAUGAAAAGGUUGUUGACAUCACUCACAUUUUCCCAUUCCCAUACCCCGAUCAAUACGAAGGAGGUUCUUUUAAAUCGAAAAGUGGAAGCCAGUACCAGAAGGAUUUGUUAGAAAAUUACAAAAAAUUGGGUUAUGGUGUUGAAUUUCAAGGUUGGUUUCAAUCCACUCUUUCUGGUAAUUUUGUAACCAGUCAAUUGGUUGAAGCUGUGGCACAACAACAAUUACAAAAUCCAAACGUUUUCAUUUUGAUCCAUGAUAUGUCCAGCAUUGGUCAGGAAAUAAACUUGAAAGCACUUAGGUUGUCAACUGGCUUUAUGAAUGCAUAUGUUGAUGGAAAGUGGAAAUCAAGAGAUUUGGAGAAAAACAAGAUAUCGUACUUGAAUAUAUUUGACGAGUUGGAGCUUGACGUCAAGAGUCAAUCUUUGGUCAACUUAUAUUUAGCAUCGGCUAAGCCAUCUUCGAUAUCCGAAUCCGAUUACAAUAACCUCAACUUGUUGUCAAACUCCAACUCAACUGCUCACUUGUUGGAAUCAUUAUAUGGACAAGUAGACUCGUUCAACUAUGACCAAAACAAUUUCAACUACUAUCAAAGACAAUACUCAAAAGAACAAGGAAGGAUCCAACAGUGGAAACACCAAAGGAAAGUUGAUAAUUUGGAGAGGGCCAAGAACGGAGAAAAAGAAUUGGAUACUGACGAAUGGAAGUCGCAAUUUAGGUUACCUAUUGAACCAUCAAGACUCAAUAAUAUGCUCUACAGCCAUUCGAUUGAUGUAUUGGCUGACGAUAUUUUGAAAAAGUGUGAUGAAAAAUUGAAAAAGAGUUUUGCUAUAAAUAGGAAAUUGACUUUGUAA